AUGUACGUCUUGGGCGCCAAGAAACUAGUGAUCCAGUGGAACAAGGUCCGGGCGGAGAUCACCGUACGAAGCGGGGUACCGGCUGGUCCCUGGGACCAGGGAUUAAGGACGUGGAUUGUGAGGGGUCUCGCUCCGCUCCGCUCUGCCCACCAAAGAGUUGAAGGCGGAGAGAAAGUUCUCUCAGUAGGCGCCCAGGCUGGGGAGCCGGAACGCCUGGGGAAAGGGUGGCUGAGGGUUAGCGAGGCCAAGCGAGAGAAGUGGGACUCCGUCGGCCGUCGGGAGGCGCCAGCGAGGGGUGGCUCGGCGGCGGCGCCCCCAGGACAGCUCCUUUUGACGGAAGUCCGCGGAAGCCUGGCGGGCCUGGGGGGCCCGGGGGAAAUGGGGCUAGUGCCCUCUGCGCCGCAGAGGCGCCGGAGGGGCGGGGACAGGCGGGAAGGGCGGGGCGGGGCGGGGGCGCGGGCGGCUGGGGGCGGGGGUAGAGGCCGGCAGGGAGGGGACAGGAGGAGCGAAGGGGCCUACAGGGCUCUGCCGAAACCCUGUGUGUGA